CCGGCCAUGGCUGGCAAUGGCGCACAGGGUAAUGGAGCUGACCCUGGUGUCAGCCAGCGACCUCAAGGACGUGAACACGUUCUCGGACAUGGAGGUGUACGCCGUGGCCACCGUCUCCAGCGACCCGACGACGCGGCAGCGGACCCGCACCGACCGCUGGGGCGGCACCGACCCGUCCUGGGACCACCACACGCACCGCUUCACCGUCCCGCCCACCGCCGCCGACGCCGCCGUGUCGGGGGCCACCCUCCGCGUGCUCCUCCGCACCGAGCGCUUCUUCAGCAGAGACCGUGACGUCGGCGAGGUCAUCGUCCCGCUCGCCGAACUCCUCGACGGCGCCGGCGGCGCCGCCACAUCGUCGCGGUGCGCGUCGUUCAGGGUGCGCAAGGUGAACUGCGGCGCCGAGCACCGUGGCAAGCUCCGAGUGUCCUACCGCCUCGGCCCUAUCGUGGUGCCACUGCCGAUGCUCCCGCCGGGCCACGACUAUAGCUAUGGCGACGGUCAGUACUACCACCGCCCGCCACCGUACUACUGGCAGUACUACGGUUAUCCUCCUCCGUCAUACUCCAGUGGCUACCCAGCGCCGCCGUCGCGCUAUCCUGUGCCGUACUUGGGAGCGCCGCCGCCGUACGCUCGCACGCCGGCGUCGGGGAAGAAGGACGGCAGUAGUAAUUACGUCGGGCUGCUUGGGGGGCUCCAAGGAGGCAUUCCCCGCGGUGACAUGCGCAUGCUGUCGUCGUCGGAGACUACGCCGCCCUCGGCGGCAGCGGCGGCGGCUCAUGAUGCCGGUAACGAAUCCACCGCGGCGGCCACCGCCGCUGAUGGGGCAGGAAGGGCCGCCGCCGAUGGCGCAAGGGCCGCCACGCAAAAGAUUUGACAUGCAUGCCUAAGUACGGACGCAGACUUUGUCAAGAUUUCCCGAGUCCUGAUGAAUGAAGCUUGAAAUAAAUGUAAGCUAGCUCUAAGGAUUAUCUGAUCUAAACAUGAAGUACAGCUACAAAAGAGAUGUAAAAAAUAUCUUGAUCGAACGGCAUCAAUAUCGUCUGAGAAGUUGGGAUGUGUACUCAUGGAAUCGUCAUGAAAAUGCAGUAUCGAGAGUAAGCAAUGCUUGUUUAAGACUA